AUGACACGGCCAGCCGUGGCCUUUCUGGGACCCGUUGCGUCUUAUACACACCAGGCUGCCAAGUCGGUCUUCGCUGGCACAAGCAACGAGCUGUUACCAGUCAGCACCAUUAAGGAUGUCUUUGAGGCCGUCCGCAAUGGCGACGCGGCGUACGGCGUCGUGCCCUUUGAGAACUCCACACACGGCCCGGUGACCUUUACACUGGCCGCCCUCGCCGACCGCGACGGGGCAUAUGGCGAGCUGUCCGUCUGCGGUGAGACUUACCUGGCCGUGCACCACUACCUUCUCGGGCGGCGGAGGCUGCAGUCCUCAGGCGCUGACGGCGCGGCCGCUGACCCUUCUGCUACGGGCGUGCCCCUCGCUUCCCUCGACCACAUCGCCCGCAUCCACUCCCACCCACAGGCCUUCGGCCAGACCACUGCCUUCUUUCGGCGGUACUUCCCUGACGCCAGCCGCCGGCCUGAGAUGAUCGAUGCCAGCUCCACCAGCCGCGCUGCCGAGCUAGCUGCUGCCGACGAAUCGGGCACCAGCGCGGCCAUCUCGAGCGCCAUGGCCGCCGAGACGUCUGGGCUCGACGUGCUGGCGCGCUGCAUCGAGGACCGCGCCGACAACACAACACGAUUCUACGUCCUGCGAAAGAGCCCACCACAGGCACCCGCGACGACACCAGCAACAAUGUGCCCCAAGUCGCUCGUCUCGUUCACGGUGCCACACCGCAGUCCCGGUGCCCUGGCAGACGUGCUGGAGUGCUUCCGUCGGGCACGGCUGAACUUGACGAGCAUCAACAGUCUGCCGAGUCUGGUGCUGCCGUUCCAGUACCUGUUCUUUGUCGAGUUUGAGCACGGCGACGAGCCCGAGAGCAAAGAAUCCGGUGCAGAAGCUUCGACAGACUCAGCAUCGACGGGAGAGACGGCAGAUGCGAGAGUGCACCGGGUGCUGGCCGAGGUGGCCAAGGUGGCAGAGACGCAUCGGUUAUUGGGCACGUGGAAUAAACCAGAGCCAUUGUCGUGA